CAGACUGCUCAGCGCUGCGGACGGCGACGCUUCUGUGGCCAACGCCGGCUCGCUCAAACUUUUCUCGGAGGUGCCGAAAGUGCUUUUUUCAGGAGCUUCUUCAGCUCCGGAGGAGAAGCGAAAGGAAAGGAGAAGGAGAGCGAAGGUCUCCGGGACCAGCCAUAAGAGAAUCUCCGCAGAUAAAAUUUCUCCGCGGAGUGAAGAAACAAAGAGCUUCGGGUGGAGCCCAAUCGGAGCUUCGGAGGCGGAACGACGCGAAUAGCGAAACCAAUAGAAACCGUGUCUUGUCCAGCCAUGGCGGAAUCGGAGAGUGUGAUUCUGAGCAGCGACUCGGAGCCAGAAGGGGCCCCCAAGAAGCCCUUGCCCAAGCGGCGCCGCAUUCUCACCACCAGCGUCGCCAUCCCAGUCUACUCGACCCAGGUUCAGAACGGCCUACGAUUAUUGAAAAAUCCUACGAAACUUCCUGAUAAAAUCAAAGCCCGUUGUAAUAAUAAGUUGGCCUUUAGCUCAGACGAAGAUGAUGACGACGAGGAAGAAAAGCGAAUUCCUUUAAAGCUAUUGAAGUCAAGACCAAGAACAUAUGAUCAGGAUCAGGAUAAUUUGAGCAACUCCCUCUUAGUUGCUAAGAAGACCUUGCAGGAGCAAAUGUGUGAUGAGGAUGAUGUAAUUAUGGUUGAUGCGUCGGAACCCCGGGAGCUAUUGCUGAAAGUCCGAUGCCGAGCUGAUAUCUACAAAGUUUGUAUUCUAAUGACAGAGCCUCUUCGGCGAGUGAUUAACCACAUGUCACAGAUAUUGAAGGUUGAUCCAAAGAGACUCGUCCUCCUGCAUCAUGAUAGACACCUUAUGCCUGAGUCUACUCCUGCUAAGUCGGACCUUAGUAUUGCUUCCAUCAUCGAUUGUAUAGUGGAGAACGAUAACCAACCGGCUGAUGAUUCUGGAGGCCUGUUGCUUCGAGUACAAGGAAAAGACAGAAGUUCUGUGAUGGAGAUUACAGUCCAGAAGGGGGAGCCCUUCACAGCUCUUAUGAACCGCUACAAACAAACUCAAGGUCUAGGGAAACUUGUCUUCUCUUUUGAUGGGAAGCCUUUGGCAGAAACUCAGACCCCUGAACAAGUGGGGAUGGAAUCUGGUGAUGUUAUCGAAGUGUCUAAGUAGCAUCCUUGCAUUUCCAAAUAAUCCAUAUCUAAACUUUAUUAUUAUUUUUUAUUAUUUUUUGAUAUUUACCUACUCUAAGUGACUCACUGUAUUCAGUGUGAUAUUUUGCUAUUUACCCACAGUGUGAUAUUUUGAUAUUUACCCACUCUGAGUGACUCAAUACUUUCCUUGAUUUAAUUUUCACCGAGUCUGAUAUUGCAGUUGGAAAUGGAAGUUUAAUUUGUGGAGAAAAUAAAUACAGGACACCUUUCACUUUAUUCUUUUAUCUUCUGUACUUAAUAUUUGGAAUAUGUAAUAAAAUUUAAUUUUGUUACUGGU